AUGUGGCUCCUUUGGCUCAAGCACCACUUGUCUGUUAACAUUUGGACCUUAGUGCUUUUGGGGAGCACCUGGCUACCGCUGGCGGAAGGCAGCCCCAAGUCUCCCUUUAGGACUUUCCCGGUUACAGACUGGAGCUUGACACACUUGGUGGUCCACAACAAAACCGGGGAGGUCUACGUGGGGGCUGUCAAUCGGAUCUACAAGCUCUCCAAUAACCUCACGCUCCUGCGGACCCACGUGACGGGGCCUGUGGAGGACAAUGAGAAGUGUUACCCUCCGCCCAGCGUUCAGUCCUGCCCGCAUGGGCUGGUCACCACCAACAACGUGAACAAACUGCUGCUGGUGGACUACUCGGGGAACCGGCUGAUCGCCUGCGGCAGUGCCUCCCAGGGUAUUUGCCAGUUCCUGCGGCUGGACGACCUCUUCAAGUUGGGCGAGCCCCACCACCGCAAGGAACACUACCUCUCCAGUGUCAAUGAGUCAGGCACCAUGUCUGGGGUCAUCAUCGAGGUGCUGAACGGGCAGAACAAGCUCUUCAUUGGGACGCCCAUCGAUGGGAAGUCGGAGUACUUCCCCACGCUCUCCAGCCGCAAGCUGAUGGCCAACGAGGAGAAUGCGGAGAUGUUUGGCUUUGUCUACCAGGACGAGUUUGUCUCCUCUCAGCUCAAGAUCCCUUCGGAUACGCUCUCCAAGUUCCCCACCUUUGACAUCUACUAUAUCUACAGCUUCAGCAGCGAGCAGUUUGUUUACUAUCUGACCCUGCAACUGGACACCCAGCUCACCUCGCCCGACUCCACCGGCGAGCAGUUUUUCACCUCCAAGAUCGUCCGCCUCUGCGUGGAUGACCCCAAGUUCUACUCCUACGUGGAGUUCCCCAUCGGCUGUGUGCAGGACGGCAUUGAGUACCGCCUGAUCCAGGACGCCUACCUGACCAAGCCUGGCAAGGCUUUGGCCAAGUACCUGGGCAUCUCGGAGCGGGAGGAUAUCCUCUUUACCAUCUUCUCCCAGGGCCAGAAAAACAGGGUUAAGCCUCCCAAGGAGUCUGUGCUCUGCCUCUUCACGUUGAAGAAGAUCAAGGAUAAGAUCAAGGAGCGUAUCCAGUCGUGCUACAGAGGGGAAGGGAAACUCUCGCUGCCCUGGCUCUUGAAUAAGGAACUGGGCUGCAUCAACUCGCCACUGCAGAUUGACGACAAUUUCUGCGGCCAGGAUUUUAACCAGCCACUGGGUGGGACUGUCACCAUCGAGGGGACGCCACUCUUCGUGGAUAAGGAGGAUGGGAUGACCUCGGUGGCUGCCUAUGACUACAGAGGACAGACCGUUGUCUUUGCGGGCACGCGGAGCGGGAAGAUCAAAAAG